AUGGACCAUGACAAAGGAACCCAUUUCGACGACAAUGUGUCGCUUCUAUCGUCCAGGGACAACGUAGACACGACAGAUAGUUUACUAGAAAAGUCGCCUUCGUCUCAACGCAGGUCACUACCUGCCUGGAGGGAACAUAUCUGUUUCUUGUCCUGCACUAUCACUGGUUUCAUUUUUCUCCUGGUUCUGAUCACAGUCCUCAUCGAAAACAACAAGCGACUGAAAAGCCAACUACGUGAAAGUACUAUUUAUUCGCCAGCCAACGAGGUACUGGAAUGGCAUUCCGUGGAGUGGGCAUCUGCCGAUGGGGAAUCCCGCGACGGUGCUCACGGCGACUAUGUUGGAGAGCCUCGUCCUGUCCUCGAAAAGGCCUGGGGAGACAUCUUCGACGUCAUGAAUGUUCGUAUCUCUGAAGAAGAUCUGCGUGCCGUCGAGCGGUUAGAAGGGGCCGUCGCGCUGCCGGACGGGGGGUACGUUGGCAGUCUGAAUAUAUUCCACGAGUUACACUGUGUGUGGUGGAUGUACAAAUUUGUCCACGCAGACCAUUACUUUGAAGGCGCGACUCGAAAACAACAUGCUAUUAUGAAGAUACACGCUCACCAUUGCUUGAAUAUCUUGCGCCAGUCAGCUAUGUGUCACGGCGACGUGGGAUUAAUCACAUACAAUUGGAACCCGGAUGUUUUGAAGCCCGAUGCCACGGCGACGAUGCAUCAGUGCGCUAACUGGGAUCGGAUCACUGAGUGGGCAAGGGCGAGAGCCGUGAACAUUACGAAGCCGGGCGUCUUGGUGCAUCCAAAUUUAGGAACUGUGUUCAAGGAAGGGGACAAGGAGGAACUGGCCGUUGGUAUGCCACCGGUGGAGAUCGACCCGGACUCACUGUGA